AUACGCAGUUCUACUGAUUGACAAAAAAAUUAUCAAUGUCAAAAUGUAACAUUGUUUUUGGUAAAAAUUAAAACUGAAAAAUUUACGGAACAAUCAUAUUUACAUAAAUUUAAUAUUUUAAAGAGUAGUUACCUAAUUAUAAAACUUGAUUAAUUAAGCGAUAUUAUUAAAUAAAUAUACUUUUAUACAUUAAUCAUUGUCCGUGAAAACAUUGUUUUCAUGUUAUAUUCUAUUUAAAUACGGAUUCUUACAUUCGAGCACAAGAACGAGUUGAUCACAAUGGCACUAGUAGCAUACGACAACAGUGAUUCUAGUGACUACGAAGAAGAUGAUAAUCAAACACCUGUUGUAUUAACGACCAAGAAAGUGGAAGAGACUGUAGAGCCAUUUGAAGACUCAAAGUCAAAAGAACCAGAUGAACCUCCAGAGGCUAGUCAGAAUAUAGGAUUAUUUAAUUUUCUGCCACAGCCAUCGGUGAAGAAAAUGGCUAUUAUUGAAGAAGAUGAUGAAUUCUUGCAUAAAAAAGAGAGUUUAACUAAUGUUGUAAAGCCAAAAGCUAAGAUCACAGUGCCUUCAUUAAGUGAUUUCAAAGAUGUAGAUGGCAGCCCGCAAACUGCUAAACCUAAGAUAAUGAAUGAAAAAAAAUCAGGGUUGUUAAGCAUACUACCACAGCCAAAGAAUGCAAGUUUAUCUGUUAAAUCAACUACAAAAACAUUAAUACCACAUGUGCUUACACAAAAUAAAACUUCAAAUGCAAAGAAAAAAGAUGCAUUAUCUACACCAAUAAAAAAGGUUAAGACAGAAACGAAACCUGUUGCAGACUACUCUGACAACAGUGACAGUGAUGGAGAAGUGCAAAAUGAUUUCUUCUCAAUCAACAAACCAGUUGAACUGCCUACUGUGGAAGAUAUUCCUCUUGAUAUAGAUACUAUUAGAAAUAAUGUCACAAACAUCAGUGCCCCUAGUUCACAAAGACCAAUGGCCAACAAUCAAUCAUAUUUCAAACAGAAUGUAACAGACAAUCAUGUAGAGUUAGAGACAGAUUAUUCAGAAGGUAAUACCAGCACUGAACAGUAUACAAGUAAUGAAACAUCAAGUACAAGUAGUGGAGCCACAGAGAAUGCAAAUGGAGAAGUAGUACUUGAUGAUGAAGCUAUAUUAAAAUUAUGUGGUGCACGUGGCAAACGAAAGCGAGAAGACAUCCAAAUAGUGGAUGUAAAUCAACAAGAUGUACUGGCAGAUGCACAUGAAUGGCUCCUUAAGGGUCUUGUGGAUGACACAAGCAAACGAAUGUCGGCUAGCAAGAAGAAAGGGAAUGAACCCACAACACAGCAAAAGAGAAAACACCAGAUUACAUAUUUGGCACACCAGGCAAAAGCAAAUGAAAUUGAAUUACAAAAUCAAUGGGCAAACAACAGGAUGUCAAAAAGACAGACCCAGUCUAAAUAUGGGUUUUAAUUAUAUUGUAAGAAUAAUAGAUAUAAUUACUGUAAAUAUUUAAUAAUAAAUCAAUAUUUUUUACAA